GUAUGACUUGUCUGCCUCUACCUUUUCACCUGAUGGAAGGGUAUUCCAGGUGGAAUAUGCCAUGAAGGCAGUAGAAAACAGCAGGUAUAUGAUCCUUCCCUGUUUGAAUGUUUUCAAUGCAGUACCCACAUGAUGGAAAAUGCACAAAUACCAUUUUUUGUACCCAAGUGUCUCAAUUUGUUGGUUCUUGUUCUUUCUGCUUACAGCACAGCAAUUGGGAUCCGAUGCAAGGAUGGGGUUGUGUUCGGUGUUGAGAAAUUGGUUCUCUCUAAACUUUACGAACAAGGCUCAAACAAGCGCAUCUUCAAUGUUGACCGUCACGUAGGAAUGGUAUGUAUUCAUCCAGACCACAUCCAUAGUGUAAAUACGGGGAGGGUGUUGACCAACAAAACUGAUGCGCACAUAACCAUGUGGCAAAAAACAGAUGGGUUAUUUUAUAAUCAAAGGAUUAUUGACAACAUGUAAGCUAUAUUUCUGAGCUCUUCUGCAAAUCUUUAUUGGAAACAUAAAAACAUUUACCCAAUGCACUUGUUUUGUCUUUCAAAUACAUUGUUAUUAGUUGGCUAGCUGGAUAAUCAAUCAAUCAAUCAAUUUUAUUUUAUAUAGCCCUUCUUACAUCAGCUAAUAUCUCGAAGUGCUGUACAGAAACCCAGCCUAAAACCCCAAACAGCUAGUAAUGCAGGUGUAGAAGCACGGUGGCUAGGAAAAACUCCCUAGAAAGGCCAAAACCUAGGAAGAAACCUAGAGAGGAACCAGGCUAUGAGGGGUGGCCAGUCCUCUUCUGGCUGUGCCGGGUGGAGAUUAUAACAGAACCAUGCCAAGAUGUUCAAAAAUGUUCAUAAGUGACAAGCAUGGUCAAAUAAUAAUCAGGAAUAAAUCUCAGUUGGCUUUUCAUAGCCGAUCAUUAAGAGUUUAAAACAGCAGGUCUGGGACAGGUAGGGGUUCCAUAACCGCAGGCAGAACAGUUGAAACUGGAAUAGCAGCAAGGCCAGGCGGACUGGGGACAGCAAGGAGUCACCACGGCCGGUAGUCCCGACGUAUGGUCCUAGGGCUCAGGUCUCUCAGUUGGCUUUUCAUAGCCGAUCAUUAAGAGUUGAAAACAGCAGGUCUGGGACAGGUAGGGGUUUCGUAGCCGCAGGCAGAACAGUUGAAACUGGAAUAGCAGCAAGGCCAGGCGGACUGGGGACAGCAAGGUGUCAUCAUGCCCGGUAGUCCUGACGUAUGGUCCUAGGGCUCAGGUUCUCAGAGAGAAAGAGAGAACGAGAGAAUUAGAGAGAGCAUACUUAAAUUCACACAGGACACUGGAUAAGACAGGAGAAGUACUCCAGGUAUAACCAACUAACCCCAGCCCCCCGACACAUAAACUACUGCAGCAUAAAUACUGGAGGCUGAGACAGGAGCGGUCCGGAGACACGUCAAAACAAGGGAUGGUAUCAAGAACAAAAUACAGCUAGCUGAAACAAGCGGUCUACAAUUCACCACACACCAGCUUCUAGUCAAUGUUGCUAGCUAUCUGAUCAGUGACAAUAAUACACAGCCUUUUACCUCUGGGUUGCUCAUGCAUUUGUCAUGACGUUGUCAACCCGUAUAUUUAUCUCGAAAGAACUUAAAGGUGGACUGAACUCUGCUGCUCAUUAAGAAAAACUGGAAUUGGGGAUGUGAUUGGGUGUGUUAUGUUUGUCCCUCUUGAGUCAUGGUAAAAAAUGUCACUCAAAAUAGAGUGAAUCUAAGAUAAAUCAAGACAUCUGUAAUAAAUUGACGUUUUUGUCAGAGAUGUUAGUCGUGCAAUUUUACAUCUAGCUAAGGUAUUUGGUAUUUCUCAAGUUAAAUGUGCAUGAAAACUAGCUAGUAGUGCAAUGCUGACAGUUUCGUGGCAGCUGCUGCUGCGCUCAGGACUGAUUUCUGAGAACAUGUCUAGAACUUCAGCAAGCUGUCAAUCUAGCUACACGCUGUUUAUCAGUGCCCAAAAUCACUAGCUAGUUUCAUCUGUGUUUGUCAUUGAAGCUAUCUAGUAGCUAGCAGGCACAUUGAGCAGGCAGGCCACGUUAGCUAAAUCCGCUUAUCAAGUCACUGGCGAGUGGCAAAAUGCUUCGGUGCCGUUUUUACAACUUUCUCACUAUUACCGAAGUGUGCGUCUGGCAUUUUUUCAUAGUGAAUCAUGUUACAGCAUGGAGCAGGUUUGUGUGUCUGUGGCGCUAUGUGAUAAACAGUGACUGUUUGAGCAACGGGCUGUCUUACCGUAGUGACACGGGCUGGAUAGAAUCAGUCUACUGUCUUCAGAACUGGAUAAUAAUUGCUUUAUUUGCCUGGCAAAAUAAUAGAACCAACAAUAUUAUUUAUUUUUCUAUCAUAAAGCAGUGAUUGAGAUUAGCCUAGGCUUAGGCUAUAGACAUGAAUUAUUGUUAUUUUUGAAAGCCACAACUUUAGGACAACACCUUCGUAUAUUGUCCCGUGUAGCUCAGUUGGUAGAGCAUGGCGCUUGCAACGCCAGGGUUGUGGGUUCGAUUCCCACGGGGGGCCAGUAUGAAAAUGUAUGCACUCAUUAACUGUAAGUUGCUCUGGAUAAGAGUGUGCUAAAUUAUGGAAAUGUGAUUUGGGAAAUACAGUGCAUUCGGAAAGUUUUCAGACCCCUUGACUCUUUCCACAUUUUGUUACGUUACAGCCUUAUUCUAAAAUUUAUUAAAUUGUUUUCCCCCCUCAAUCUACACACAGUACCCCAUAAUGACAAAGCAAAAACAGGUUUUUAGAAAUGUUUGCAAAUGUAUUAAAAAUAAAAAACGGAAAUAUCACAUUUACAUAAGUAUUCAGACCCUUCACUCAGUACUUUGUUGAAGCAACUUUGGCAGCAAUUGCAGCCUCGAGUCUUCUUGGGUAUGACGCUACAAGCUUGGCACACCUGUAUUUGGGGAGUUUCUCCUAUUCCUCUCUGCAGAUCCUCUCAAGCUCUGUCAGGUUUGAUGGGGAGCGUUGCUGCACAGCUAUUUUCAGGUCUCUCCAGAGAUGUUAGAUCGGGUUCAAGUCCGGGCUCUGCCUGGGCCACUCAAGGACAUUCAGAGACUUGUCCUGAAGCCACUCCUGCGUUGUCUUGGCUGUAUGCUUAGGGUCAUUGUCCUGUUGGAAGGUGAACCUUCACCCCAGUCUGAGGUCCUGAGCGCUCUGGAGCAGGUUUUCAUCAAGUAUCUCUGUACUUUGCUCCGUUCAUCUUUCCCUCAAUCCCUCAAUCCUGACUAGUCUCCCAGUCCCUGACGCUGAAAAACAUACCCACAUCAUGAUGCUGCCACCACCAUGCUUCACCGUAGGAAUGGUGCCAGGUUUCCUCCAGACGUGACGCUUGGCAUUCAGGCCAAAGAGUUCAAUCUUGGUUUCAUCAGACCAAAUAAUCUUGUUUCUCAUGGUCUGAGACUCCUUUAGGUGCCUUUUGACAAACUCCAAGCGGGCUGUCAGGUGCCUUUUACUGAGGAGUGGCUUCCAUCUGGCCACUACCAUAAAGGCCUGAUUAGUGGAGUACUGCAGUGAUGGUUGUCCUUCUGGAAGGUUCUCCCAUCUCCACAGAGGAACUCUGGAGCUCUAUCAGUGACCAUCGAGUUAUUGGUCACCUCCCUGACCAAGACCCUUCUCCCCCGAUUGCUCAGUUUGCCCUGGCAGCCAGCUCUAGGAAUAGUCUUGGUGGUUCCAAACUUCUUCCACUUAACAAUGAUAAGAGGCCACUGUGUUCUUGGGGACCUUCAAUGCUGAAAAACAUUUUUGGUACCCUUCCCCAGAUCUGUGCCUCGACACAAUCCUGUCUCAGAGCUCUACGGACAAUUCCUUCGACCUCAUGGCUUGGUUUUUGCUCUGACAUGCACUGUCAACUGUGGGACAUUAUUUAGACAGGUGUGUGCCUUUCCAAAUCAUGUCCAAUCAAUAAAAUGUACCACAGGUGGACUCCAAUCAAGUUGUAGAAACAUCAAGGAUGAUCAAUAGAAACAGGAUGCACCUGAGCUCAAUUUCGAGUAUCAUAGCAAAGGGUCUGAAUACUUAUUUAAAUAAGGUAUUUUGGUUUUUUAUUGUUAAUACAUUUGCUAAAAUUAUCUAAACCUGUUUUCGCGUUAUUAUGGGUUGUUGUGUGCAGAUUGAGGAUUUUUUAAAAAUUAAUUCAUUUUAGAAUAAGGUUGAAACGUAAAUGUGGAAAAAGUCAAGGGGUCUGAAUACUUUACGAAUGCACUGUAAGCUACUUUUCAUAACUAACUUGUCUUGAAGCUUUUAUGAUGGGCCAGUAGGAGGAAUGAGGAUAGGUUAUUGGCCAUUGAGUUUUCAACCUCGCUUGGAAGGAUUUUCCUGGCCUGCAUGGAUCAUUUAUUUCUUAAUAAGGUUAAACUUAAUUCAAUUUAUCAAUAGCCUAUAGAAAAAUCUAAUGACAUUGUUGUCUCAUUAUUAGUCCCCUGGCUACCUUAAGUUUUUAGGCUAUUCAAAGAACCUUUUGAGAUGGAAAUCCGUUACAUUCAUUGUUUGAUAGGGAGAAAUCCAUGCAUAAAAAAAAAAUGAAACUGUAUGCACUCACUACUACUGUAAGUCGCUCUGGAUAAGACCGUCUGCUAAAUGACUGAAAUAUAAAUGUAGAACGAUGAAGCCUUCAUAUUCAAAUCAAAUUUUAUUGGUCACUUACACAUAUUUUGCAAAUGUUAUCGCGGGUAUAGCAAAAUGCUUAUGUUCCUAGCUCCAACAGUGCCGUUAUACCUAACAAUACAUAAAAAUAGAAAGGAAUUUAGAAAUAUUAAUAUGUUUGUAUAUGAUGGUGUGUAUAGACUAGGGUUUCACAAACUCUGUCCUCGGGACCCCAAGGGGUGCACUUUUAGUUUUUUGCCCUAGCACUACACAGCUGAUUCAAAUAAUUAAGCUUUCAUCAUUUGAAUCAACUGUGUAGUGUUAGAGCAAAAACCAAAAUGUGCACCCCUUGGAGGACAGAGUUUCAGAAACGCUGGUAUAGACAGUAUAUGAUUGAAAAGGUGUGUGUGUGUGUGUGUGUGUGUAUAGCAGUAGUUAUAUAGGAUGAGACUAGAAUACAGUGUAUAUACACUACAUGGUCAAAAGUAUGUGGACACCUGCUCGCCGAACAUCUCAUUCCAAAAUCAUGGCCGUUAAUAUGGAGUUGGUCCCCCUUUUGCUGCUAUAACAGCCUCCAUUCUUCUGGGAAGGCUUUCCACUAGAUGUUGGAACAUUGCUGCGGGGACCUGCUUCCGUUCAGCCACGAGCAUUAGUGAGGUCGGGCACUGAUGUUGGGCGAUUAGGCCUGGCUCGCAGUCGGCGUUCCAAUUCAUCCCAAAGGUGUUCGAUGGGGUUAAGGUCAGGGCCAGUCAAGUUCUUCCACACCGAUCUCGACAAACCAUUUCUGUAUGGACCUCACUUUGUGCACGGGGGCAUUGUCAUGCUGAAACAGGAAAGGGCCCCAGACCAUUAUUCCUCCUCCACCAAACUUUACAGUUGGCACUAUGCAUUCGGGCAGGUAGCGUUCUGGCAGCCGCCAAAAUCUGAUUAGUCCGUCGGACUGCCAGAUGGUGAAGCGUGAUUCAUCACUCCAGAGAACGCGUUUCCACUGCUCCAGAAUCCAAUGGCGACAAACUUUACACCACUCCAGCCGACGCUUGGCAUUGCGCAUGGUCAUCUUAGGCUUGUGUGUGGCUGCUCGGCCAUGGAAACCCAUUUCACGAAGCUCCCGACGAAGAGUUCUUGUGCUGACGUUGCUUCCAGAGGCAGUUUGGAACUCGGUAGUGAAUGUUGCAACCAAGCACAGAUGAUUUUCAGCACUCUGCGGUCACUUCGCGGCUGAGCCGUUGUUGCUCCUGGACGUUUCCACUUCACAAUAACAGCAGUUACAGUUGACCGGGCAGCUCUAGCAGGGCAGAAAUGUAUGAACUGACUUGUUGGAAAGGUGGCAUCCUAUGACCGUGCCACAUUGAAAGUCACUUAGCUCUUCAGUACGGGCCAUUCUACUGCCAAUGUUUGUCUAUGGAGAUUGUAUGGCUGUGUGCUCAAUUUUAUACAUCUGUCAGCAACGGGUGUGGCUGAAAUAGCCAAAUCCAGUAAUUUGAAGGGUUGUCCACAUACUUUUGGCCAUGUAAUGUACAUAUAAAGUAGGUAAAACAGUGUUUAAAACAUGAUUAAAGUGACCAGUGUUCAAUGACUAUGUACAUAGAUAGGGCAGCAGUCUCUAAGGAAAGGGUUGAGUACCAGGUGGUAGCUGGCUAGUAACAGUGACUAAAGUUCAGGGCAGGGUACUGUGUGGAGGCUGGCUAGUGGUGACUAUUUAAGUCUGAUGGCUUGGAGAUAGAAGCUGUUUUUCAGUCUCUCGGUUCCAGCUUUGAUGCACCUGUACUGUCUAGAUGGUAGCGGGAUGAAUAGGCCAUGGCUCAGGUGGCUGAGGUCCUUGGCCUAAUAAUAAUAAUAAUAAUAAUAUAACAUUUAGCAGACGCUUUUAUCCAAAGCGACUUACAGUCAUGUGUGCCUUCCUGUGACACCGGGUGCUGUAGAUGUCCUGGAGGGUAUGGCCUCUGGAGAGCCAUGCGGUUGCGGCCGGUGCAGUUGCCGUACCAGGCAGUGAUAGUCCGACAGGAUGGUCUCAAUGGUGCAUCUGUAGAUGUUUGUGAGGGUCUUAGGGGCCAAGUUGAAUUUCAUCAGCCUUCUAAGGUUGAAGAGGCGCUGUUGCGUUUUCUUCACAACACUGUCUGUGUGGAUGGACCAUUUCAGGUUGUCAGUGAUGUGCACGCAGAGAAAUUUAAAGCUUUUCACCCUCCACUGCGGCCCCGUCAAUGUGGAUGGGGGGCGUGCUCCCUCUGCUGUCUCCUGAAGUCCUCGAUCAGCUCCUUCGUUUUGUUGACGUCGAGGGAGAGGUUAUUUUCCUGGCACCACUCCGCCAGGGCCCUCACCACCUCCCUGCAGGCUGUCAUCCAUGGAUCUGUUGAGGCGGUAUGCAAAUUGUAGUGGGUCUAGGGUGUCGGGUAAGGUAGAGGUGAUAUGGUUCUUAACUAGCCUCUCAAAGCACUUCCUGAUGAUAAAAGUGAGUACUACGGGGCGAUAGUCAUUUAGUUCAGUUACCUUUGCUUUCUUGGGUACAUGAACAAUGAUGGACAUCUUGAAGCACGUGGGGACUACAGACUGGGAUAGGGAGGGAUUGAAUAUUACAUUUACAUUUUAGUCAUUUAGCAGACGCUCUUAUCCGGAGCGACUUACAGUUAGUGAAUGCAUACGUUUGUUUUUUUCAUACUGGCCCCCCGUGGGAAACGAACCCACAUCCCUGCCGGCCAAACCAUCCCCUACCUUGGACGACGCUGGACCAAUUGUGCACCGCCCAUGGGUCUCCCGGUUGCGGCCGGCUGCAACAGAGCCUGGACUCGAACCAGGAUCUCUAGUGGCACAGCUAGCACUGCGAGGCACAUGCUCUGAGGACGUGGCUAUGGAUGCCAUUUGGGCCGGCGAGCCUUGCGAGGGUUAACACGCUUAAAUGUCUUACUCACGUCGGCCACUGAGAACGAGAGCUCACAGCAGUGGCCCACGUCGGUGGCACUGUUCUCCUCGAAGUGGGCGAAGGUAUUUAGCUGGUUUUCCCUUUAUAGUCUGUUAUUGUCUGGAGUCCUUGCCACAUACGUCUUGUGUCUGAGCCGUUGAAUUGCGACUCAACUUUUGUCUCUGGACGGUUUGUACUCGGCCAUGUUCCUAGUUACUUUGCCAUGAUUAAAUGGGGUGGUUCGCGCUUUGAGUUUUGCGAGAAUGCUGCCAUCAAUCCACUGUUUGGAUAAGUUCUAAUCGUCACAGUGGAACAACAUCCUCUGCACUUCCUGAUGAACUCAGUCACGAGUCAGUGAAUACGUCAAAUGUUAUUCUUAGAGGCAACCUAGAACAUAUCCCAGUCCAUGUGAUCACAACAAUCUUGAAGCAUAGAUUCCAACCGGUCAGACCAACGUUGAACAGUCCUUACCACGGUUACUUCCUGUUUUAAGCUUUUGCCUAUAGGAAGGGAGGAGCAGAAUGGAGGCGUGAUCGGAUUUGCCGAAGGGAGGGCAGGGGAGGGCCGGAAGGGGGAGGAGCAAUGGUCAAGAAUUCUUGAUGAGCGAGUAGCGCAGGUGAUGUGUUGAUAAAACUUUGAUUGCAUUUUCCUCAGAUUUGCUUUAUUAGUAGUGCGAACAAAGGAUCCAAUUCGGGAAAGACACAUUUCUGGUCAAAAUGUUGGUGAGUGACUGCUGAUCUAAUAUCCAAAAGUUAUUUUCGGCAAUAGGUAAUAAUGCUAGAAACGUUCUGAGCAAAUAAUGUAAGAAAUAAAACACACUGCAAUACUGCAAAGUUGGCUACGAGCUAGGAACAGGGCGACCAUGUCUGUCGGAGCCUAUCGAAUAGAGGGAGAAGGGAAUAUAGGCUACGGCUAAGGGCUAAACAUAAGAUGGUUAAGGAGUGUCUGUUAUAAAAAUAAAUAUAAUAGGUUUAGGCUAUAGCCCAUGCAUCCAACAGAGGGACAUUUUGCGGUGCUUUGGUGGAAUGUUAUGCUUUGUCUAGCCUACAUUCCCCUCUUGCGUUCUGUAUAACAUUUAUUAGGCUAAUGACUCUUAAUGUCACGCGUGUGCUGUGCGCUGCGAGACUGUUCUUUACUGCGGGGCGCCAGUCAAGUUCAAAUUGUCUAAACCAUCAUCUGUCACAUCACGAUGUCGUCACCAUCUACGAUGGCUGUCAAAUCAUUGUUGAUAGACGAUGCGAACGUAAUAUCACCCAACCCUACUUUCAACAUAACAUUGGCGAUGGGUUGUCUUAUCUAACAGCUUUGUAAUGUGGGCAGGUCUGUCUGUCUGUAGGUUCUGCCGUACGAUUGGAUAUAGUUCAUUCAGCGCAGCUGUUUCUCCGUGCAUGACAAUUCUCUACAUAGCUAGCCAUUAUACACCGGUUACUCAUUAAAAUGAGACUCAGCGAUUAUACAACAUUGCCACGAGCAGCAGGAUGCAGCACAGAUAUUGCAGAUAAGUGCGAUACUCAGUAUCUGCGUAUGGCCAAGAAUGCGUUUCACGCUGCUGCAACAUGAUGGCUGUGAUGACCAUAACAAUGGAGAAGUUUAGCAUCAAGCCUAACACUCUUAGUUGUUGCGGAAGUCGUCCCGACUCUGUUGUUUACUUUGUGCAUUGCUGAAUCUACCUUUAACUUUCUUACCCAUAGGCAGUGGCUGGACUACUGGCUGAUGCUCGAUCCCUGUCUGAGGUGGCCAGAGAGGAGGCCUCCAACUUCAGAUCCAAUUAUGGACACAACAUCCCACUUAAGGUAAAAAUAACUCUGUUGCUAUUAAUCAGUGUUUCCCUCAAACUUCUCGGAUACCCUGUCAGUUCCACAUAUUCGAUCUAUUCCAUAACAGGACUACUACACCUGAUUCAACUGGUUAACCUGUUUUGUCGACGUAUUCUGAAUUGCUUUGUCCCGAAGUCCUACGGACAGUCGUCAUAUUCCUUGAAUGGCAUAUAAUCUCUUUUUACAGCAUCUCUCAGAGAGAGUGGCCAUGUACGUUCAUGCCUACACGUUAUACAGUGCGGUGCGGCCGUUUGGAUGCAGCUUCAUCUUGGGCUCUUACGAUCAAGAUGAUGGUCCUCAGCUGUACAUGGUUGAUCCCUCUGGAAUCUCAUAUGUGAGUUAGGUUUUGGGUGUUUAUCCCUAAACGAACUCUGUCUGUCAUUAAUUUACUGUUGUCACACUACACUCGGCCGGUUUCCCGAAUCCAGAUUAAGACUAGUCCAGGAGUAAGAGGCAUUCCCAAUGGAGAUUUUACAUUGAGCAUGUGGUUUAGUCCUUGACUAGGUUUAGUCUGGGAAAAUUGCCAUUUAAAGGCCCAGUGCAGUCAUAAACGUGAUUUUCCUGUGUUUUAUAUAUAUACACACACAUUUACACACUGAGGUUAGAAUAAUAUUGUGGAAAUGAUAUGCCCUUUUAGUGUAAGAGCUGUUUGAAACGACUGCCUGAAAUUUCAGCCUGUUUUGGUGUUAUCGAGUUUUGGCCUACCAUGGUGACAUCACCAUGCGGUAAAUUAGUCAAUAGACCAAUAAGAAAGAGUUCCAAACCUUUCUGCCAAUAAGUUAGUAUUCCGUUUUUUCCUCCCAGACAGGCCUAGCAAAAUUAUUGCUUGAGAAAUUGCUCUUAGCUAAGAACCUAUUUUUGUUUCUUUUUUACCAUUUUUAAUUGAAAGUACUUAAUUGUUACCCAGAAAUGAUUUAAAUAGUAAGAUUAAAAAAAACUGCUGCUGCAUUUGACCUUUGAGGUGUUUGGACCUAUGCAAUGUAUUCAGAAGGGAAUGUUCGGUUGUGAACAUAUUACAAACUAUAUGUCAUCAUGCAGCCUUAAAGUGAUUACCUGAAAUGUGUAACAUUAGGCAAUGUUGUGAAAAUGAAUUAUUUUGUUUUAUUAAGGGUUACUGGGGAUGUGCUAUUGGAAAAGCCAAGCAAGCCGCCAAGACAGAAAUUGAAAAGCUUCAGGUAAGAAUAUUAAUUUAGCCAAGUUGUCCAAUUUCAUAAGAGAUGGGAAUAUCUUAGUUGAUUGUUUAACUAUGUAAGUCAUUGCUAUCAACAGAUGAAAGACAUGACCUGCAGGGAGUUGGUAAAAGAGGUGGCCAAAAUGUAAGUGUUUUUUGUUUUAUUAAAGGAACACACCUACUGUUGUUCAUUCUCAUCAAUAGCCUCCAAUCAAGGCACUGAGUAUUACUAAUGUGUUGUUGGAUGUUUGUUUUGGUUUUGUAGAAUCUACAUUGUACACGAUGAAGUGAAAGACAAAGCGUUCGAGUUGGAACUCAGCUGGGUUGGAGAAGGUAAUGCAGCUUCCUCUUAUAUACACUGGGUGUACAAAAAUUAAAGACACCUGCUCUUUCCAUGACAGACUGACCAGGUGAAUGCUAUGAUCCCUUAUUGAUGUCACUUGUUAAAUCCACUUCAAUCAGUGUAGAUGAAGGGGAGGAGACCGGUUAAAGAUUUUUAAGUCUUGAGACAAUUUAGACCACGAUUGUGUAUGUAUGCCAUUCAGAUGGUAAAUGGGCAAGACGGAAGAUUGAAGUGCCUUUGAACGGGGUAUGGUAGUAGGUGCCAGGCGCACCGGUUUGUGCCAAGAACUGCAACGCUGCUGGGUUUUCCACACUCAACAGUUUCCCGUGUGUAUCAAGAAUGGUCCACCACCCAAAGGACAUCCAGCCAACUUGACACAACUGUGGGAAGCAUUGGAGUCAACAUGGGCCAUCCUUGGAACGUUUCGACACCUUGUAGAGUCCAUGCCCCGACGAAUUGAGGCUGUUCUGAGGACAAGUCAAUAUUAGGAAGGUGUUCUUAUGUUUUGUACACAGUGUACAUAAUGUAUUUGUAAGUCAGCUAUUGUCUCCCGUUGUACAUCUGAAUUUGACAAACGAAACAAAGGUAGAAUUUUGUACCCUAGUCUAAGCCACCAGCAGUGUACCGGGUGAGCGGUCAUUGUAUUUGUUUUGUAACAGACCUGACCCUCCGUGUGAGCCAGGGUUUCCGUUAGCUGGUAAUAGCCGGCUUUUGGCUGAGAUGUUGUUUUUUUGCAGAUAAAUAAAAUUGCCGCUGGCCAAUUGUCCAGGAGAAAAAGAAAAAAAUCCCAUUGCGAAAUAAUGCUUUUGAGCCUAUUCAUUGAUUGAAAAAUCAGUCGAUGGAAAUACAUUUGACUGGUCACGCUUAUCAGUCUAUAUAGUUAAUUUGCAUAAUUUAGUGGAAUUAAAUUGGUGUAUGUACAAUAUAUUCAUUAUGUAGGCCUACCUUAUUUAUCACACACGUACAGCAUACAGAUACAAAUCUGUCAGACAGCGUGAGCGCUGCUGCUACACACAUCUCAAACAGCAAAUGCACAGGCAACAGAAGGUAGGCUUCAUCAGCGCGUCACACACCACUUUGAAAUGAGCUGGAGGCAGUAUGCAUUUUCAAAACAUAUACUUAAUUGUUUAAAACCGGAACGUUUUACUACAUAUUAUGAGGCAUGUCUUGCCUUGCUUCAAAGUAGCCUAGCCAAAAUCAGACCAUAUCCGUGGAGGCAAUUAUUUUAUUACAUUUACAUUUCUCAUUUAUAUCAAUAAUAAUAUAAUAUGCCAUUUAGCAGACGCUUUUUUCCAAAGCGACUUACAGUCAUGCGUGCAUACAUUUUUGUGUAUGGGUGGUCCCGGGGAUCGAACCCACUACCAUGGCGUUACAAGCGCCGUGCUCUACCAGUUGAGCUACAGAGGACCACAUUGUCCAGUAGCCAAAGGCACAAUCCUAGUCAUAAUAGCAACCCAUGCUAGUUGUUGCAUAUUAGAUCUACCCCUUUUCUAUUAUUUUCAACUCUUGUCACAUGAAACCGCUGGCAUGUGCGGUGAGCUUUUGACAACUGUGUUUUCCCGCUAAUUGCAUUAUGGAAGGAACAUUCACGCCUAGCCUACUGACUUGUGCUCAUUGCUGCUCUUAUAAUGUGAAUAAAUAAUAGUUGAUCAACAUUUUUAAGCUAAACUUUCUGAUCUGUUGCAUCGCUCAUUGCUUUUUAAUGUGUUUUAAUGUAGCCUAAGCCUACUGGUUGUACAACAACUGUCCCAGAGUCUGUUUUGGAAUAGGCUAUUUCUUUCUCGACAAGCUGACCAAUAGAAUAGGUCAACUUUUCUACUAUGGGGGAUAGCAGUUUGACAUAGGCUAGUGAUUUUGCUGUUUUACUGGUCUUGUUGGCUGAGGAAAAAUGUAAUAUGUACAUCUUCGAAGUGCGCAUCAGAAUUCGGUAAGAAGGACCGCACAUCAUUGCAUCCUCGACUUGCAUGUUGUUAAUAUGAAUUGCCAUAAUCUAAAUGUGAUUUCAGUCAUUCUGACCACCGUGGGUGGAUGCCCUAAUCGGGUUACACACCCAAUGCAUAUGGGUCUGGUCAAUUUCUCAAAUGUCCAGUAAAUUAAAAUGCUGCCGGUCAAAUGUCCUACGCAACAUUUUCCUAACGGAAACCUGGUGUGAGCAGAGUGUCCAACUCAAAUCUGAAAGUUAACCGAGCUCAUAACAAAGUGAUGUAUGGCAAGCAUGUGCAGUAAUGAGUUAGGAUUCUGUCGGACGCUCCACCAUCACCAGUUUUGACCAGCUACGUGACGGGCCAUCGCCCGAUCCAGUCAAAUCAAUCGCAGUUGAUGUUAUUCUUGAACUGAGUGGCAUAACUUCUGACCUUCAUUUCCCUUCACCAGUGACAAAUGGAAAGCACGAGCUGGUUCCAAAAGACAUCAGGGAGGAGGCAGAGAAGUACGCCAAGGUAUGCACCACGACCACCAGUUUAUAUUGCAUGGCAUUUCUGUGACCUGGGUUUAAAACAGUGCCUUCAGAAAGUAUUCACACAAGUAUUUUUCCACAUUUUGUUGUUACAGCCUGAAUUUAAAAUGGAUUAAAUUUAGAUUUUGUGUUAUUGGCCUGCACACAAUACCCCAUAAUGCGUCAAUAAGUAUUCAACCCCUUUGUUAUGGCAAGCCUAAAUAAAUUCAGGAGUAAAAAUGUACCUAACAAGUCACAUAAGUUGCAUGGACUCACUGUGUGCAAUAAGUGUUUAACAUUGUUUUUUAAUGACUACCUCAUCUCUGUACCCCACACAUACAAUUAUCUGUAAAGGUCCCUCAGUUGAGCAGUGAAUUUCAAACACAGAUUAAAUCAAAGACCAGGGAGGUUUUCCAAUGCCUCACAAAGAAGCGUAGAUGGGUAAAAAAAAAGCAGACAUUGAAUAUCCCUUUGAGCAUGGUGAAGUUAUUAAUUAUACUUUGGAUGGUGUAUCAAUACACCCAGUCACUAGAAAGAUACAGGCGUCCUUCCUAACUUUUUGGGGUCAUGCAGCAAGACAAUGAUCCUAAACACAUAAUCAAGUCUACAUGAAAAUGGUUAAAAAGCAACAAAUGUGAAGUUUUGGAAUGGCCUCGUCAAAGUCCAGACCUAAUCCCAAUUGAGAUGUGGCAGGACUUGAAACAAGCAGUUCAUGCUUGAAAACCCACAAAUGUCACUGAGUUAAAACAGUUCUGCAUGCAAGAGUGGGCCAGUCAUUGCAGCUAAAGGUGGCAGAAGCAGUUAGUGUAAGGGGGAAUUACUUUUUCACACGGGAAUUGGGUGUUGCAUAACUUUGUUAAUUAAAUAAAUGAAAUAAGUAUCUGUUUUUUGGGGGGGUUUUGGUUGAUGAUCUGAUAACAUUCAGUAUCAAAACUCUUAAAAAAUAGAGAAUCAGAAAGGGGGAAAAUACUUUUUCACGCCAUUGUAGCUGGCCAUAAAUGUUGCAUUUUACUUUAUGGGUUGGUUAUGUAGGCUUCUUUUAACCCAUUACUUUCUACUACAUAAUAAUAUGAUUAGGCUAUAUCUUUACAUUGAAAACCAAAGUCUGCCAGAGUUCCAUUCAUUCCAAUGAAUUUAGAUCAGCCAUUGUUUUACCUGAGCAAAACCCAAAAACGAACGAUUUAUAAGCCUACUCUGUUUGAUUUUGUUGUCAUAGAGGACUGAUUGGGCUCAUUGCUUCGAGUUGUAAAAACAAAUGCUGCUCUAAUGGAAUGGCAUGCUUUGAGCACUACCGAAAAGUGCUAUUUGCAUCUGGAAAAAUGAAUGCCAUAUGCUGCAUUUCCUAUAGGACAAUUGUUGGUGACACUUUGGUAUCUCGAUAUUUUGAAGCUGUUUAAGUCUAUCCAAAGUGCACGAGUUUGAGCAUGUGGCUGUUAGGCCUAUGGAUUAUAAUUAGUUUUUAUCAGCAUGAAUUAGAUUUCUCAAUAAAAGCCCCACUCUUCUUAAAUUAAACUUAUUUCUGACAGUAUGGAGCACAAUACCACGGAGGAGUUUAGAAGUAAACUCCCUCAAACUUGUAUUCCUUAGGCUGGGAUCCACAUAGCAGCUGUUGCAAGAGCACAUUUUUCACUGGCUGUCCACUGGUCGCAAAAACAAUGAUUGAUAGGCAGCUUAAAUUUAUUCAAUUCAACCAUUAUUGGGUUAAAAUACAAAUAACCACAAUCCGUAAGGCGCAUCGCCCGAAGGCUACACAACUGCUGUCGUCAAUAGCUCCUAGCGUUUAUUCAAGUUGGAUAAUCUUUUGAUGCCGACUGCUGUCGUACCAUUGGAAGACAUGGCUUGGACUGUAGCCUACAAAAGCCUAUUCCUGCUCGUUUCCCGUGAGCCAUCAAACACAUUUGGUGCAUCGUCAGUGGUCUCUUGACUUGUGGUCAUACUCGCUCAGGCGGGGAAAACUUAAACUUGCACCUCUUUUCAAUGCUGAUUUGAAUGUCAUUGAGAAAACAAACGUGUCAAAUAAUUUUUUCACAAACAUCCUUUCUGAAUUUAAAAGUAGUCCUAGAAGUAAUCAAGUUUUUCAAAAGUAUCUGAUUACAAACAAAAAUCUGGUAACGUAACGGGUCAUUUUUUUGGUAAAAAAAAAAAAUCAUUAACCAUGUUUUAAUGCGAGUAAAGUCAUACCGUAUAAAAAAAUACAAAUUAACGACAGCGGUGAUGGAAACAGGAAGUUUCGGUACAAUUUCAUAAAUGCAGACAGAUGAUUUGUUAUUUCGAUAUUGUGGGAUCUUUUUGUCUGUUGAUAUAUUGAUAUAAUAACCAUCAUAUCGAAGUAAACAUGGAGUCGCCAUGAUAUGGUGUGUGGUCCUCCCACUACGACUCGGGAAACCAUGCAAUUUAUUAGGCUACAGAUGAAAAGUUAAACUUCACAGGGUGGUAACUGGACUGUAUCUACGAGCUGUUGGCUACAGCGCACGUCCCAAAACCAGAGUAUGCACAUUAACUAUUUAACCCAAGUUUUUGUGACAACUAUCGGGUAGAGUUGAAAAUGCGAUGGAAACGCAUUGAACUUUCUAUUUAUUUUGGUACAUGAAAAGUACAUUGUGUGCACUGUCAUCACGCGCUGAUUUUUAUCCUCAACAAGUCCAUUUGGUGGAAACACCACUGGUGGGAAAAUUCACAUUUUCUUAAUGCUGAUUUUAGAAUAUUUGCAUGAAAAUCAGUCACCAAUUGGAUGAAAACCUAGCUAGUUACAUGUAAUCCAUUACUCCUUAUCCCUGGCCUUUAGCAUGAUAAUAAUAAUCGUCUUUAGGCAGAUGGAAAGGCUUUCCCCAAAAUCUUCUCAAUUAAGUACAAAGUAGCCUAUGCCUACAGGGCAGAAUCAUGAUUAUUUACAUCAAUCCAGUGGGCAUUUAUUUUGCAAACUUCACAGGUGUUCUACAGAAACACUGCUAAACAAAGUGGUAGGUGCACUUGAAUUAAAGAGUAACUACACUCAAAUCAUAAUUUUUUUCCCAGACCUCAAAAGGGAUCUACAGAUGUGGUUUAAGCAUUGUUGUGGACUUAGAACAAACAAUUUUGUAGUUUUUCUAUUAUAAUAAGUGAUCUUUUUGGAGCAAAAAAAUGAAAUCAGUCCUUUGGUCAGCUUAAUUUUUUUGUGGUAUCGUGAUACUAAAUCUGGUAUCGAAGUCAAAAUUCUGUUAUCGUGAUAGCAUUCAAAUCUGUCUUGCUGGUGUCUAAUUCACAAUGCUUCUUGCUUCCACCAUAGGAUUCUUUGGAGGAGGAGGAUGACUCUGAUGAAGACAACAUGUAAACUCAAUUCUGCGGUUUCUUCACUCGUCACAUACACCUACUGACAGGACAGCUCUCCAAGAAACAGACAGUUAUUUUGUAUGUUUUGUAGUUAAUGGACUAUUCAUGUAAUUUCUUUCCCUUUUGGUUUGAUGGAUUACACAGCGUUGAAAUAAAAGUUGAUGAGUACUGUUUAUACUAAAAGCAUCUUUGACCAUUUUUUAAAACUAAAUACAGUCAACAAGGGUUUGCCUGAGUAAUUUGUUAUUUCUUUGCCAAUGUAUAUAGUACCGGUCAAAGGUUUGGACACACCUUCUC